AUGAUGUUUCUACAAGAGCACAAAAGUCAUGUACCUCCUGCACUGUCAGCGCCCGAUGAGUCAUGGCUGAAGAAAGCUGGCACGUUCACGGUGGACGAGGCUCUGGAGGUCGUUGGUUUUGGUAGAUUCCACCUGAUGCCCUGCGCCAUGGCCAGACUCUGCUGGCUCUGUGAUUGGUCAGAUGGGUGUAACUCUCCCAUGCAGCUCUGUGAUUGGUCAGAUGGGUGUAACUCUCUCGUGGAGCUCUGUGAUUGGUCAGAUGGGUGUAACUCUCUCCUGCAGCUCUGUGAUUGCUCUGUGAUUGGUCAGAUGGCAAAUUCGAUGGUGGUGAUGACGCUGGGGCUGGUGGGGUCUCAGUUACACUGUGAGUGGAGACUACAGAGUCACGAGGAGGCCCUGAUGAUCUCAGUGUUUUGCACAGAGAUCCUGGCGAUGGCUCUGGGGACGUCCAACAGCUUUGGGAAGUUAGGAGCUCUCAUCUCUCCUUUUAAAGCACAGGCCAAUGCUCUCCUCCAGUACUCCGCUGCUGAACUUUUAAAACUUCGGCACCACGUCCCCGCUCCUCUUCAGCCACCGGAGCGCGGACAUGACAUCCCCCCGGGCAUCGCCUUCCAGCCCCGGCGGCGGUACGUUCACCGUGGAUCACGCCGUGCUGCUGAGGAUCUCUCCUGGUCUCGCUCUGUCUGUGUUCUGGGGGUCCGCUCUGCUGGGGGGGGUCGCGGCCCUGCUCCUGCCCCUGGAGACUUCAGGACGGACUCUGCAGGAGCUGGAGACACAGCACGAUACCCCCCCUCUCCAGGGCUAGUCUGCAGACGCGCGUCUCUCUCCUCCGGCGGCAUGGCCCUGGUGACGCUGCAGCGCUCCCCCACCCCGAGUGCAGCAUCCUCCGGGAGCACCGAGGAUUUUGGGAGUGAUGACGACAGAAAGAACAACCAGUGCCUCAGUGAGAGUUUCUUCAUGGUCAAAGGAGCCGCCCUCUUCCUCCAACAGGGGGGCAUUGCACAGGAGCCAAACACUCAACACACACACACAGGGGAUCUCCCUCGACACCUCCAGGUCAUGUUUAAGAUCCUCCGAGCUGAAGACCACAUCAAAUUGACGGUGCGGCUGGAGAGUGGCUGGUCGGAGAGAGUCCGGUACCUGGUGGUCAUCUACACCAGCGGUCACCAAGACACCGAGGAGAAUAUCGUCCUGGGGCUGGACUUUGCAGACAAAGACAGCAAGAGUUGUUCUGUCGGGAUGGUCCUACCCCUCUGGAGCGACACUAACAUCCACCUGGACGGAGAUGGCGGCUUCAGCGUCAGCACGGCCGGACGCUCACAUGUCUUCAAGCCGGUGUCGGUGCAAGCCAUGUGGACGGCCCUUCAGGUCAUUCAUAAAGCCUGCGAAGUGUCUCGUCGAUGUAACUAUUUCCCCGGAGGUGGCGCCCUCUGCUGGACGAGUUUCUACGACAGCAGCCUCAGCUCAGAGCAGAGCGGCGUCAACGAGUGGAACGCCAUGACCGACCUGCAGAGCACACGACCGGACUCACCAGGGACCUUUGCUGACCGACCGACAGAGAGAGAGCGGACGGAGAGUUCCAUCAAAGCCAAACUCCGAAACAUCAUGAUGUUUCAAGACCUGGAGAACAUCACGUCAAAAGAGAUUAGAAACGUCCUGGAGCAGCACAUGAGCUGUAACCUCAAAGACUACAAGGAGUUCAUCGACAACGAGAUGCUGCUGAUCCUCGGGCAGAUGGACAAAGCCACGCCCAUCUUUGACCAUGUGUAUCUGGGAUCUGAAUGGAACGCUUCAAACCUGGAGGAGCUGAGGGACUGUGGAGUGGGUUACAUACUGAACGUCACGAGGGAGAUCGAUAACUUCUUCCCGGGUCUUUUCUCGUAUCACAACGUUCGAGUUUACGACGAGGAGGCAACGGACCUGCUCUCCCACUGGAAUGACACCUACGACUUCAUCUCCAAAGCCAAGAGACUGUCUGCCCCGGAGUUUAUCAGUAGAUGCUGUUAUCACGACAAGGUUGUGGAUCACUAUGAAAACCCCCGGAAUGUGGGCUCUCUGGAUAAAAACUCUAAGAAUGUGGGGACAGGUCUGGUGGGGGCCCCUGCCUGCGGAGACGUGAUGAAGCUUCAGAUUCAAGUGGACAAUGAGGGAAAGAUUGUGGACGCUCGGUUCAAAACGUUCGGCUGCGGUUCUGCCAUUGCCUCCAGCUCUUUGGCCACAGAGUGGGUCAAGGGCAAGUCGGUCGAGGAAGCUCUGACGAUAAAGAACACAGACAUCGCCAAGGAGCUUUGUCUUCCACCGGUGAAACUUCACUGCUCCAUGCUCGCUGAAGACGCCAUCAAAGCGGCCCUCGCCGACUACCGCCUGAAACAGCAGGAUGACCAGCAGGAGGCAGUGAGGAAGAACUGA